GAGAACGCUGCCGCCCGCCGCCGCCGCCGCCCCGCCCGGGAGGAGUGUGUGCGUGUGUGCGAUCGGGCGGCGGUGCCCUGCAACCCGGGCAGCCCCCCCGCCCCCCGCCCGGCCAUGGAGCUCCGCGAUCGGCCCUUUUCCUUUUCCUCCGCCGCCUGAGCUCCGCCGCCCCUCUACCGGAGCUCCGCGCCCCGGGAAGCGGAGGGCGGGCGGCGGGCGGGGGCUGCCGAGCCCCGCCGCUGGAAUCACGGCACCGCCGCGCUGCGCUCGGCGGCAGCAGCAGCAGCAGCAACCCGAGGAGAGCUCUCUUUAUUUGUUUUGCCCCCUCCCCACCCCCCGCACUCUUCUUUUUGUUUUAAUUUUUUGUUUUUGUUUUUGUUUUUCUUCCCUUUCCCUCCUUCUCCCUACCGGAGGAAGGCACCGCGCUGCCCAGCCGCCCAAAGGGGCCCCGUCGAGCCCCGGGGACCCCGCGGAUGUGCGAAGCUCUCCUCCGGCCGCCCAUCCUCCUGCCUCUGGGCGCACCGCCUCUUUAUCCUCCUGCGCCUUUAUUUUUAUUUUUUAAGCAGACCUGAGCGGCAUCACCAGGGGCAGGGAGGGUGGGGGGCUCAGCUACGCUGCCAGACCGUCCCUCGCCCAUUUCUUCGAAGGAACUCUCAUGGCUUCACAGCUGCAGACAAGUUGCCGUGCAUCUUGGUGGACUAUCGGAGUUUGCAUCCUGGCGGCCGCGCUCUUUCCAGCGCUGCAAGCUCAGACUGUCUUAGUCAAUGACACAGUCUCGGGAUUUAUCGGGACAGACGUGGUCCUGCACUGCAGCUUCACCAACCCGCUCCCCAAUGUGAAGAUCACGCAGGUCACGUGGCAGAAAGUCACCAACGGCACCAAGCAGAAUGUGGCCAUUUACAACCCUGCCAUGGGGGUCUCCAUCCUCUCUCCCUACAAAGAACGGGUGACUUUCCGGAACCCUUCCUUCAAAGAUGGCACCAUUCAGCUCUCUCGGCUCGAGUUGGAGGAUGAGGGGGUUUACAUCUGCGAGUUUGCCACCUUCCCAACCGGCAACAGGGAAAGUCAGCUGAACCUCACAGUGCUGGCCAAACCCACGAAUCGGAUGGAGGGCACCACGCGGCCGCUGAUCGCCAAGUCAGGCAGGACAGAAAAGAUCUUGGUAGCCACUUGCAUCUCCUCCAAUGGGAAGCCCCCCAGCACCGUCACCUGGGACACCAAGCUGAAAGGGGAAGCAGAGUUUCAGGAGAUCCGGAACAGCAAUGGCACCAUCACGGUGAUCAGCCGGUACCGCUUGGUGCCGAGCCGCGAAGCCCAUCGGCAGCAGCUCAUGUGUGUGGUCAACUACCAGCUGGACCGCUUCACUGACAGCAUCACCCUCAACGUGCAGUAUGAGCCAGAAGUCACCAUCGAGGGCUUCGAUGGCAACUGGUUCCUCAAUCGGAAAGAUGUCAAGCUGAUAUGCAAGUCUGAUGCCAACCCCCCAGCUCACACCUACGAAUGGAAGCUGCCAAACGGGACUCUGCCAGGGAGUGUGGAAAUCCAGAACAACACCAUCUAUUUCAAGGGCCCCAUCUCCUACAGCGUGGCUGGCACCUACAUCUGUGAGGCCUCCAAUGCCAUCGGCACGCGGUCGGGCUUGGUGGAAGUCAAUGUCACAGACAAGCCACUACCUCAGGGCGCCCUGGGAGGCAUCAUUGGCAUCGUGGGAGGUGUCAUCGCUGCAGCUCUCAUCCUUGGCGUGGCUGUCACCGUCUUCAUUGUCUACAGGAGGCAACAGAAGGAGCGCACAGAGGCAGACCACGACCUCAUUGACUUGCCUCCCUCCCACAAACCUGCCCCUCCGCCGAAGAGGAAGCAGGAGUUGAAAAGCCACCUGACUACUGAAGACAUCCAGGUUGUUCACUUGGACAACAUGAAGCAUGAGGAAGAGCUCCAGAAGCUUCCCCUGCAGCCCCCAUACUACGACAUGGCAGCCAGUGAGCCCUCUGCCUACACCGACAAGCUGAACUUUGGAAAGUGUCACUCAGAGAUACCGAAUGCGAGUGAUUACCUGACCCGCUGCUACUCACACGACGGUCGCUAUCUGCAGAAGAUCCCCCACAUCUACGCCCCGCUGUCAGACCUCCCACAAGAUCUCUAUCCUCACCACUCUGACAUCUCCUUCUGCUGCCCUCCUCCCGGCUCCCGGGCUCCGUACAUCUGUCCUAAGGAACAGUAUGUUUAAACAUCAGCACGGAGAAACGAAGACGCUCAUGGUUUCCACUCCUCCCCACCCCACCGCUCAACAACCAAGGCCUUUUAAACCCCUCUUUGCCAUUUGCUUAUUUAUUGAUUUAUAUAUAUAUAUUUUUUAAUUUGGGUGCAAUUGUAAGUGGCUUGGUUAGGUUAAGUGUCUGCCUGGCUUCUUCAUGCCCAAGGGAACACUCUGCCUUCGCCCACAUCUCAUCCCAUCCCUGAGACUCUCUUUCCUUGUGCUGGCCCUCCUGUACCAAGCUGGCUACGUGCGUGCAUGUGUAUGUGGGUGGCAGCUACCCUGUGUUGGAUGGGAUGUGCCCAACCCCUGAUUAAAUGUCCGUAGGUUCCCUUGUGUCCAUCUCCACAGUUUGCACCAGAGUAGCCAGAUGUGGAUUCUUCACGACCCCUUUGGAGAAAAUGGUUUUCCCCAUUGGCAGAUAGGAGAUCCCUGUUGCAAAGACAUAACCAGCCAAGAUUACUGAACCAAAUAAUAAGAUGCUUCUAAAGAAAGAUGCUCAAAACCAACCCAAGAAGAGAAGGGAGGGCUUGGUUUAGGGAUUGUGUACGUCCUUCUUCCCUCCUGCUCCCACUUCCAAUUGCUGGAUUGGCUCUUUUUAACCCAAACGCAUCAGAGAAAGUAUCCUUUGAAGAACCUUCUUAGAACCUGAAACCCAGAGGGGAAAAAAUUAGAAAGGAAAACGAUAUCUCUCAUUUUCCUUUUCAGAGCCUAGUGUGAUCCCCCACUAGCUUUUCCCCCUCUUCUCCUUGCAUUUGUUGAUUGGAAUUUCAAAAUGAACUCAGGCAGAACACAAAGGAAAAAAGAAUCAUGAUUUCAGGUAAUCUUCUUACUCUUAAUGAAGGAUAAAAGCCAACAGAGGAAUCUGGCCUUUUAACCUUUUUUAAAGCAUCUUAGUUUGGGGACUAUAUAUUUUUUCUAAUAUUUGGAAUGUGUGUGGGUAUGUAAAUCCAAACGUGUACAUUCCUGCAACCAUGAAGUGUUUUAGAGAAGGGAAUUUAUCUCCACAUCACAUUUGUGUUCACUUGUAUUAGAGGACAAAUAAAUAUAGAGAUACACUUACAUGUAUAUAAAAGCAAAGAAGAGGAGAAAAAGGAAUGAAAACCUUAUAAGAGAGCUUGGUUUUGAGGAUAACCUUCACCUGCGUCCUCUUGGGGAACAGGCGUUUGCUUUCCUUUGUCUCAGGUUGGGGAUUGGACAUUCUGCAGACAGCAUCACUGCAGACACCAGGAGGAUGUCAGAGUCAAGAGUGGGGGGAGUGGAAGGAAUCACAGCACCACCCUGCUGCCCAGACACCAAACUGAGCUCCAGUGCCACUUCCACCAGUGAGCAGCCCACCCAAUGCCCAGCUCACUGCAGGGUGAGGGUGCUGACCUGCAUGCUGUCCUGGGAGCUGCCCAAGCACUCUGCCACCUCUUUAUUUUUGUAUGUCCAAAUUUAAGCAGCUGUAGUUGUUCUAUGCACUUUCUUUGUUCCCGUCACCUCGAGCAGCCAUGGGACUCACCCUGCUUGUCCUCCUUUCUGCACAGAGAAGCACAGCCUCGCCGAGUCCCUGCAGGCAUAGAUGAAAAAAGAUGGGAUGUGGCUGAGGGUCCUGCCUGGGUGGCAGGCAGGGUGCAGGCGGAAGGAUGCUGAUGCCUUUUCCAGCUGAAAUAGGCAAUGCCUGCACAGCACAGCAGCUUCUCUGUGCUCCAGUGCCUGCGGUUCUCCCAUGCCCGGAGAGUCAGGAACUGUAGGACGUCGCCUUAGAGUAUGAGGUGCAACUUUUCCAAUGCCACCCUAUCAGUCUUGACUGAUUGAGGCCUUUUUGGAGUCACCUGGACUCCUAUUUCAGUCUCCAGAGAACUCAGCCAGGCACAUCCCUACACCAAUGGACCUGAGUGCUAUGUGUCUUGCUUCAGAUAACGUGUUUUUCUCCCUUUUGUUUUCUUCUCAACACACCUUGGAGCACUUUCUGGCUAUCAGAUCUAGAACCAGGUGUGCUCUGAGCUGAAAGCUUUGGCAGCACAUCCAGCCCAGAGGGGGAGACCAUGCUUUGGACUCUGCCAAGUCUGCUUUUGGUCACCCUGUUAAGAAAAAUGGAGCAGUGCUGGAAAACCCUGGGAUCUCUGAUGUCCUGGAGCCAAACCAGCACCACUGUUGAGAGAAAAACCUUCCACAUUUCCCUGUCUGCAUGCCUGUAAUAGCAGGAUGCAGCCUUCACAGCAGCAAUUAAGGUAGAUUUGAUUGGGAGCCUUCAUAUGCUGCAGUUUCAGCCGGAUCUAAACAUUUAAAUGGGAAGUGGAAUGCAGUCAGGUCUUCAGGUGCAUUAGGAAAAAAAAGCUAGGGGAAAUGGCUGUUUGUCGGACAGCAUUUUGCAAGUGGCUUCCUCUGCUGCUGGUGGCUGGAGGACGGUGCUUUGAGGGGGGGGGAAGCAGAGGCACAGAUUGCAGCAUUACACAGAGCCCAUGUGCGCCUUUGGAUUGGAGCUGCCCACAGACAGCAGCCACAAAGGGUUUUACUGUGCUUUUCAGCAAAGCAAAAGGAUUUCGGUCCUCCUCAGGAAGGGGAAAAGCGAGAAAAGCCUAAGUUCAGUGCAGCCUCUCGACAGUACAAAUGUUAAGCCUAGGGAUGCUUUGGUUCUCUUUGCCUCUUAAUGUUCUCUCCUCUCCUUAAGAAAUGCGUUGGUCUCAAAGAAUGGCAAAAAGAGAGUCUGUGCACACCACCGAGUUGAGGUAAAAGAGGCAAAACCCCACCUGAAGAAAGAGAGCACUAUUCGAGCCAUUUGUUUUGGUUCUACAAAGCCACACUUAGCAACGUUCUGAUUUGUUGCUCCAAGUCCUCCCUCCUUCCCCGUGUGUUUUGCCAAAUGGCCGCUUCCAAACUUUGCUGGACCUGAUGCCAAGGGCUGAACGCUGGCUUUGCUCCAUGCUGAGGCUGCCCACGCUGACCUUGCAGGAGCACAAACCCGGCAGUGCUGAUGGGAGGCGUUCCCCUCCUGCCGCGGCGUGUGCUGAUUUGCAAAGAUACUGCUCUGGGAACAGAAACGUUGCUGGGUGGAUGGCUGAACAAGUUGAGCAGGAAACUGGGUGAGUUUGUGCUAGCAGAGUGCAUGGGGAGUUGGGUGUUAUUCCCCAUGUGAGACAUGAAGCCAUUCCUCCUGUUGCUUUGUACCGGGGUGAAAUGUGGCAAUUUCUGUUCCACGCUAUGCCGGUGGCAUUGACACAAGAGCUCUUGCAGAUGGAAA